AGCAGUGCAUGUGAUGUCAUGGUCCCAGGAGUGCUUCUUAACAGUUUGCCCGGGCAAGGUGUUUCUUUUUCUGAGUGUUAACUGGGAUACAAAUUAAACCCGGAGCCCGCGGAGGCACUGGAAGCUUCUUGUCCAUGGUCUGUGCACACAAGAGGAAUUGUCUGCCGGCUGAUUUGUUGUACUCUGAGCAUAAUUUUUUGAGUUUCUUUAUGGUUCACGGAUGCUGGAGCAGAGUGUCGGGGAGUGGCUGGAGUCCAUUGGCCUGCAGCAAUAUGAGAGUAAGCUGCUUUUGAACGGCUUUGAUGAUGUCCGCUUCCUGGGCUGUAAUGUCAUGGAAGACCAGGACCUUCGGGACAUCGGGAUCGGUGACCCGCAGCACCGUCGGAAGCUCCUCCAGGCUGCUCGCUCCCUCCCGAAGUUGAAACCCCUGGGCUGUGAUGGGAACAGCCAGCCAUCGGUUCCCGCAUGGCUCGACUCUUUGGGGCUGCAGGAUUACAUUCAGUCCUUCCUCUCGAGUGGCUACAGCUCUAUUGACACUGUGAAAAACCUCUGGGAGCUUGAAAUAGUAAACGUGUUGAAAGUGAAUCUGCUUGGCCAUCGGACGAGGAUCAUCGCCUCCCUGGCAGACAGACCCUACGAGGAGCCACCAGCAAAGCCGCCGCGGUUCUCGCAGCUGAGAUGCCAGGACUUGAUGUCCCAGACAUCGUCGCCCCUGAGCCAGAACGACUCCUGCACGGGCAGAUCUGCCGAUCUCCUGCUGCCCUCCGGGGACACCGGGAAGAGGCAACACGACCGUGGCACCGAGGUUGCUCCCUACUCCAGAGCAGAGCGCUACAAAGCACAGGAGGACCGUCGGGAGUCCAAGCUGACCCUGCGCCCCCCCAGCCUGGCUGCCCCCUACGCCCCAGUCCAAAACUGGCAGCAUCAGCCGGAGAAGCUCAUCUUCGAGUCCUGCGGGUAUGAGGCCAACUACCUGGGCUCCAUGUUGAUCAAAGACCUCCGAGGGACAGAGUCUACGCAGGACGCCUGUGCCAAGAUGAGGAAAUCCACAGAGCAUAUGAAGAAGAUCCCAACCAUAAUACUGUCCAUCACAUACAAAGGGGUGAAGUUCAUCGAUGCCUCUAACAAGAAUGUCAUUGCUGAGCAUGAGAUCCGGAACAUCUCCUGUGCUGCUCAGGACCCUGAGGAUCUCUGCACGUUCGCCUACAUCACCAAGGACCUGCAGACCAGCCACCACUACUGCCACGUCUUCAGCACCGUGGAUGUGAACCUGACGUACGAGAUCAUCCUCACGUUGGGGCAGGCGUUUGAGGUCGCCUACCAGCUGGCCCUCCAGGCCCAGAGAGCAAAGCCUCUGGGUGCUGGAGCAGGAGAAACGAUUGAAACGAAAUCUUCCAAACCGGUGCCUAAACCGCGAGCCGGCAUGAGGAAAUCCGCACUGGAGCCCCCUGAAGUGGACCAAGACUCCCAGUCUCAUGCCAGUGUCUCCUGGGUCGUGGACCCCAAACAGGACUCGAAGCGGACCCUCAGCACUAAGUAUGAGACCACUAUCUUCUAA